GGUGGCGUCUCUUAUAACGGGCGGAGCUGUCCGCGGUGCUGACGAGAGAGAUAUUCCGUGCUCGUGCUCAGCCAUAAACACACCGAGAGCGCGAGAGAGAUGCGCAACGUACUCACGACUCCCCGUUAAAACAGACCGAAAGCAAAGGUAAAUCAUGUCGUCAUCAUCUAGAUGCUGUGCAACAGGGGUGUUCGUCCUCCCCUCGCUCCUACUUCUGCCCCUUUUCCUUUCUCUUGUUUUUGGAGUUCAAGGGGCCACACUAAGAGAGCAUCGGCUGAGUGGAACUGAACCCGUCUCUUAUGGACCUGCAUCCCAGAUCCGUCCUCCUCCGAGUGCUGAGAUGCUCAGAGCUCUACGCUACAUCCAAAGCCUCAGCCAGAGAACCCCAUCUGAUCCCCUUUCUGACGAGCAUCAGCCGGAUCAGGAAGAGGACGACAUGGAGAGCAUCCGUUCAAUGCUACAACUGGCAGCUCCUGGCCGGAUGGAUAGAGGCAUGGAGGAGAGAGAGGAAGAGAGGGACAACACUCAAGAAUUGCUUCAAGCCGUGCUUAAGACACUACAACAGACUGAGGAACACAUGGUGCCCCAGAAGGUCACUGCGACUCAACCUCGAUACGCAAUCCCUCAGAAAAUGCCUCAGAAGAUCAUUGCAACUCAACCUCGAUAUAUCAUCCACCCCUUCCCAAGACCAAAACAACAAUUAGAGGUGGAAACGUCUGCUGAGAACUAUGGGAGGACCUCAUGGGCCGAUCCAGAUAGCCGGAGACGACACAGGCAGUAUCCACUUAUGUUUGAGGAUGAGGAGGAUCAGGAUCAGCCGCUCAAACGGACCAACGAGAAUGCGGAAGAACAGUACACACCCCAGAAACUGGCCACCCUUCAGUCUGUGUUUGAGGAACUGAGUGGAAUCUCCACAACUAAGGCCAAGAGCAAACGGGAUGAUGUUGAAGAAGAUGAUGAGGAGGAGGAGGAUAACGACUUGUACAGGCAGAGGAAGAUGGUCUUGGAGGACAUCAUGGGAACAGAUGAAUGGGCACCUCUGGAGGAGCAAAUAGAGACCGAAGAAGAAGAAAGAGAGAGGCAUGGUUUUGAUCGUGACCUUGAGGAUGAUGACCAGGAGGAGGAGGAGGAGGAUGAUGUCAAAAGAUCCAACCAAUCCAAUUGGUUCCAGACAAGAAAAGAGGAGGAGCCUGAGGACAUUGCAAAGCUUGUGGACUACUAUCUUCUGCAAAUACUAGAAAAGAAAGAGCAGGAGCAGCAGAAAAGACAAGAGGCCAGCAAGAACGAGCAAGAAAGUGACCGAGAGGUGGAGAAAAAAGAUGUGGAUGAAGAUGAUGAGGAUGAGGAGGAGGACGAGGAGGAGAGGGAAAUUAAGCCCAUGCACAACACAUUCCCUGAGUCUUUGUCCCAGAUAAUAAAAAUCUCACAGAAGCUUCAGAUCCCACCAGAGGAAGUCCUUGAGCUUCUCCAAAACGAGAGGCGGAAGGAUCUAACCGGAAUCCCGGCACAGUCACGUACACCCUACGCAACUGCUCACAAGGCUUUCGCUGCAGCACCUCACCGGCGACCGCUCGAGACAUCGGAGGGCAACAGAGUCGCCCAGGACAUCCUAAACAUCCUUGAGAUGGUAAAUGCAGCGCAGCAGAACAACAAACGGCCGACGCAACCAAACACAUCACGUUAUUAUGAGAGGGAAACCAGCAAGGAUGAUUAUGACAACACCGCUGGAGAGGAAGACGAACUGGCCAAUUACUUGGCGUCGGAAAUGCUCUCACAGGGACAGAGGCGUCCGACGCCCAUGCGUGACGAGGAUCAACGCGUGUAUGGAAAUCUCGAACGUGCCGUCCAGGACUACUUAGAUAAAAGCGCGCCAGAAAAAAGAACCGCGGAGCACGAGGACACGGCCAUGGGAUUAGAUAACAACACAAUGCUGCAAAUCCUGAGGUAUCUGGAACCCGAGAGCGACAACAUCGACGAAACAGACUCUGAGGGAAAAACAGUCCCUGAAAUGUAGAUGUGUAGAUUAUAUUCAUUGUUUGAAUUGUCAAUAUAAUAAAGUAUUUUGAAAUAAAUAUAUUCCCCAACUGUGUUUAGUCAAUGUAGUGCUCCAGCUUUUCUCAUUUUGUGUUCUGUAUAGUGCAAAAUAAAGAGUAUUUUAGUAAACCCGAUUAACUUGUUUCUUAGUUAGUGAUUGGAACAAUGUAAAAAGUCACCGGCUUUACCUCUUCAACAUAUGAACACACACAGUUUUUCUCCCUCUUAAAGACGCCAGCUGUGUUUUCAGUCAGUCAGUAUCUUCUCAAUCUUGUGCGUGUGAUGAGGUCAUGUGUGACGUGGCAGAGGUAAAUAAAGCAUUCUUUCACUCCA